GACAUGCUGCGAAAAUGUGUUGAUUUAAGAGAAAUAAUAGCAGGAUACUGGUGGGAGAUGUAGAGUAUGCUAGUUUGUACUCUUCACCAAAUAUUGUUGAGAUUACCAAAUCAAGGAGAAUGAUAAGUAUGUUGGGCAUGAAUUGGAGAGAAGUGAAAUACAUACAGUAUUUUAGUUAUAAAAACUGGAGGUGAUAAUUUGGGUGAAUAAGCCGUAGAUACAAGGACAAUACAGUAAAACCAGCCUAUAAUCUGUAUUAUAUGGAAAAAUUGGCCGUAAGUAAAAUUUUCUCUGAUUCAUAAAACUCAGUAGGUGUUGGUUUUAUAGUAGUAUAUAUGUCAACAAAACCUGGGUGAGGGGGAAACUUCGACUAUACCGAAUGUCCCAAAAAGAUGUAUAUUUGCCAUUACAUGUCAGCAUUGUGUAUACAUCUUAUUGGGAAACGUAUAUAUUGAAAUGACCAAAAUAAUUCUUGACUAACCAGCAAAUUGAAUAAUUUUAUGUUCGUUUUGUCAGACUCAAAAUACUGAACAUACCAAACGAUUGUAAUUGUACAUAACUUGUUGCCUUUUCGUCUUUGAAAUAAAUUAUCAAUGUGUAGUUCACGCAUAGAGUUAGUCAUUUCUUUCAUUCGACGAUAGCGCUAUCUGACUUACAUAUAAGGAACUAGUUAGUCGUGGAGUCUGGUUGUGGUGUGAGCAGGUGAAUGUAGGAGUUUGUUUUGUGCGAGUAAAAUGUUAUGUGUUAUUGAUUUUCUUGUGAAAUACAAUGGUUGAUUGACAAGAAUAAUAUUACUGUAGGUGUUGACCAGCAUGUGGACACCGACUAAAACAAAGAAAUAUGGCGUUGCCGUGUACAACUGGCGGGGAGAGACGCGGUAUGGGUUACCGUUGGAGAUCGGGGAGACAGUGCAGAUCCUGGAGGAAUGCGCAGGAUGGUUUCGAGGUUUUUCUACAAAAAAUCGUUCAAUCAAGGGCAUAUUUCCAGCAUCAUACAUAUACUUGAAGCUCUGCAAGAUUGAUAAUGAAGGGUUGUUUGAAUCGGUAAUUCCCAUCGAAGAUCCAGUUGUCCGAGAGGUGACGCUGGUUCUUCGAGAAUGGGGCAACAUCUGGAAGAGGCUGUUUGUGGACCGGGAAACGUACAAAUUCUCAACUCUGUGGAAAGUUAUGCGUGAGCUACUUGACUGGAGGCGCCAGCUUCUGACUGGGACACUGACACAAGACCAAAUGCGGGAGCUGAAACUGAAGAUCACGUCGAAGAUAGACUGGGGAAACAGGAAGCUCGGGUUGGACCUGGUACCCCGUGUUGGUGCCCAUAUGGUUGAUCCAGACACAAUGAGUGUAGUUGAAUUGUAUCAUGUGCAUGUGCAAAGUGCAGAAAACUCACAAGGGGCCUCAGCACGAGGCACAAUGAAGCGUAAGGAAGCGAGAAAAGUCCACACACACCAUCUGUAUUUCUGCAUGCGAGACUUUGGGCACCAUAUUGGAGAAGACACAGAAAUGUACUUCUCAUUGUAUGAUACUAAGAAAGCCAAAUAUAUAAGUGAACGUUUUCUAGUCAGGAUAUCCAAGGAGGGUUUCUCCAACUAUGUUGAGAAGCUGCACAGCAACUGUACUAUUUUUACAGACCUAGGUAAUGCAGAUCUCACCUGUGAUAUGUGGCUGGUGGCUCACGUGAUGAGGAUGGGCCGCAUGUUGUAUUCUGACUCAUCCAAGAAGUCAUCAGGUUCAUCCAGUCACUCAGUUCCAGCGCAUCAGCUGUUUAAACGGCCACAUGGAUGUGCAGUACUCAACAUUAAUGACAUUCUUUUAAACAAGGACUUACUUCCAGGGGGCUCUAAUGAUGAGCGAGAGUUUACAUUUAAAGUUUAUCAAGGAGAGGAGAAAGACUUCCAUCAGCUUCAUGAGUUGAUUAUCAAAAAGCAGAGCAACAAAUAUAAUCCUCUCUCAGGGCAGCCAAAUUAUGGUAUUGUCAUCUCACUGAAAGUUCUUCACGGAGAGCUGCUUCAGGUCCGAGAGGAGAAUCCUUUGAUAUUUAAGAACAUUUCCCUUACAAAGAAACUUGGUUUCUCUGAUGUCAUUAUGCCUGGUGAUGUAAGGAAUGAUCUGUACCUGACUUUGGAGAAAGGAGAGUUUGAACGUGGUGGAAAAUCUACUGGGAAGAACAUAGAAGUGACAAUCCUAGUUUUAGAUUCAGAAGGAAAGGUGUUGGAGAACUGUCUGUGGGGAGCUUCAGGCAUGGAUGGGACUAAUGAAUACCAGUCAAUGAUUGUGUACCAUCACAACUCUCCUUGGUGGUCCGAAACAAUCAGACUGGCUGUUCCAAUAGACAAGUUCUAUGGCUCUCACAUUCGCUUGGAGUACAGGCAUUGCUCAACUCGUGAUAAAACAGAUAACAAGAAGCUGUUUGGCUUCUCGUUUGCUCGGCUGAUGGAGGCUGGAGGAGCAACACUAAGGGAUGGAACACAUGAGCUUUAUAUUUACAAGUGUGAGGACAGAGUGAGGCUGGAAUCUAGUUCCUAUCUCCAAUUGCCAAGCAGCGCAAGGGAUACUAGUGUUCAUAUCUCUUCUGCAUCCACCCUUGCUGGAGCAUUUAGUCGGAGUUCAAAAGAAUCUGUCUAUGUACACACACUCCUCUGUUCAACAAAACUUACCCAGAAUGUGGAUUUGCUGUCAUUGCUGCAGUGGAAGGAGCAUCCAGAAAUGAUUCAAGAAGCAUUGAAUCGUGUGCUACGUCUUAAUGGAGAAGAAUUGGUUAAGUUUCUGCAGGAUGUGUUGGAUGCUCUGUUCUCAAUGUUCUCUACAGAAGAUGGAAACUCCACAACUCACUCAGGACUGGUCUUCCAUGUAUUAGUCAGUAUUUUCAGUCUCCUGGAUGAUAGCAAGUUUGAGCAUUUCAAGCCUGUCAUGGAUGCCUACAUUAAAGGCCACUUUGCUGCUGCUCUGGUGUAUAAAGGGCUGUUGAGCAGUGUGCAGCAUUGUGCUGAGUGGGUUAGUUCCACCGACAAGCAGGAGCCAAUUCAGAAGUGCUUUCGCUCACUGGAGUAUAUUUUUAAGUUCAUCAUCCAGUCUCGGCUCCUAUUUUCUCGAGCGACUGGUGGCCAGUAUGAAGACAGCUUCAAAAAGGACCUCUAUAGUGUGUUUACAGCACUAAACAAAAUGUUGGCCACAUCUAGUGAUGUUAUAUUGCCAACACAGGUUGCCUUGUUACACAGCAUAAGUGCUGUGUAUGAACAGCUGAUUCAUGUGUUACCCAUCUUGAAGAUUACCAAAUUGGCAACAGUCAUGCUGGAAAGUUUGCCAAGGGAGUUACUGCCCCAGCUGACCCAGGCAAAACUGACAGCCAUUCGCAACUUGGUUACAAGUAAACUCUUCACUGAUGAUGAGUCUCGUAAUCUGCUGCUCUCAACAAGCUGUAAGCAUCUUCGUGUCCAUUUAGCUCACCGUGAUGAGCUGCGCCUGUGCACAGAGAUACUUGGUGAAAUCCUGAGCUUCCUCUUCAAGCAACGACAGACACAAGAGCAAGGGAAGGUGAACAACUGCCUGCAUCAUGAUGUGGAGAUUCUGUGUCUCACAACAUUGGACAUGCUCAUACAGACUGUCCUCAUCAUUAUAGAUCGUUCAUCUGCUGUUCUGGGCUGUUUGGUGGCAUGUUUAAUUGGUCUGCUCCAACUGCUAGAUGAGUUCCACUAUAAACGCUUGUGGGAAGAGCUUGCAGAUCGCAAACCCAAGAAAGACUUCCUCCUGCGAGUCUUCUUGGUAUUUCGAGAUCUGGUGAAACAAGAGGUGUUCCCUCCAGAUUGGCUUGUCAUAAAAAUGGUUGCUAACAACGUCAUAUUGAAUGCUCUGCAGGAACUGGCACAACCUCUCGUCUUUAACUUCUUAGAUUCACGAUGUCACUUUGACAGUCAGCUGUGGGGUAACUACUUCAACCUGGCUGUAGCAUUCCUGACACAGCCAUCCUUGCAGUUGGAGAAAUUUAGCGAGGUGAAGCGAGAGAAGAUCAUUGAAAAAUAUGGUGACAUGAGGGUUCUAAUGGGAUUCCAGAUUCUGUCCAUGUGGUCCAACCUUGGUGAACACAAAAUCAACUUCAUCCCAUCAAUGGUGGGUCCAUUUUUGGAAGUCACGCUGGUUCCAGAGUCUGAGCUUCGUAAGGCCACACUCCACAUAUUCUUUGACAUGAUGGAGUGUGAACAGAAGUACCAUGGAAAUUUCAAGCAAGUUGAAUCUGAAUUGAUAGACAAGCUGGACAUCUUGAUCAGUGAAAACAAAGGAGAUGAUGAGUACAGACAACUUUUCAAUACCAUGGAACAUUUGAGUGCAGUGCUAUUGGACCGUGUCCAAUCAGAGGAUCCAGCUUGGAAGGAAAGCGGGGCAGCAUUUAUCAGCUCUGUUACAAGACUGUUAGAGAGACUACUGGACUACCGUAGUGUCAUACAGGGUGAUGAGAACCGGGACAAACGCAUGUCCUGCACCGUUAACUUGCUGAACUUUUACAAAAAUGAAAUAAACCGCAAGGAGAUGUAUCUGCGCUAUAUCUACAAGCUACAUGACCUCCACCUCCCAGCAGAAAACUAUACUGAGGCAGGGUUCACCAUGAAACUUUACGCUGAUCAGCUGAGCUGGACAGCCCGCACUCUUGUGUCAGACCCACACUAUCCAGGACAACAGGAAUGGCAGAGGAAGGAGCAGUUGUAUCAUCAAAUCAUCAAGUACUUUGAUAGUGGCAAGUGCUGGGAGAAAGGCAUCCCCCUUUGCAAGGAGCUUGCAGAACUUUAUGAACGCCGUCUGUUUGACUAUGCCAAAUUAAGCCAAAUACUCCGGACACAGGCCAAGUUCUUUGACAACAUCCUGACCCAGUUGAGGCCUGAACCAGAGUACUUUAGAGUUGGAUUUUAUGGACUCAGCUUUCCACUUUUUGUCAGGAAUAAACUGUUUGUGUACCGAGGCCUGGAGUAUGAGCGAAUUGGUGCAUUCACUCAGCGGCUGCAGACAGAGUUUCCAUCAGCACAAAUCCUUAUGAAGAACACGCCACCAGAUGACACCAUCAUCAAUUCAGAGGGACAGUAUAUCCAGAUCUGCAAUGUGAAACCGAUACCAGAGGAUAAUCCACUCUUUGUUGAAGCUGGCACAGAUAUUCCAGAAAAGAUUGCAAGCUUCUACCAGGUGAAUGAUGUCCGAAGGUUCCAGCUGGACCGUCCUGUUCACAAAGGACCUGUUGACAAAGAUAAUGAGUUCAAGAGCCUUUGGAUAGAACGUACAGUGCUGGUGACAUCUAGCUCCUUGCCUGGAAUCUUGCGAUGGUUUGAAGUGAUAGAAAAGAGUGAGAAGGAAGUGGCACCAGUGCAGUUUGCAUGUGAGACAAUGGAAAGUGUGAACAAGGAACUGCGGCAGCUUUUCAACCAGUACACUCUGGACAGAAAGAGAAACAUCAAUCCUUUCAGCAUGAGAUUGCAGGGUAUAAUUGAUGCAAACGUGAUGGGUGGCAUCUCCAAGUACCAGCAAGCUUUCUUCACACAAGAGUUCAGCAGACAGCACCCGGAGUUUACAGAUCAUGUCUACAGGCUCAAGACUCUCAUACUGGACCAGAUCCAAGUUCUGGAGAGUGGGUUGUAUCUGCAUGGGCAGCUGGCACCACCUGGAGUACAGCCCCUUCAUCGCCGUCUUCAGGAACGCUUUGCUCAGUUGAAACAGGGUCUUCGGGAUCUGGGCCCAAUGAGCAGUAGAAGUCGGGGCAAGUCCCAGUCUGACAAUUCCCAAACUACAAGUAUCAUAAACACACCAUUGCCUCCUUUGCCUACUGAGAAGAAGCCAGUAGCAGCAUGUAGUAGUGAAACCCCAAGUAACAGAUCAUCAGCAUCUAGCACCAGUGCAUAUGGACAUCUCCUUAGCACAGAGGAGCAGGGUACUGAUGAUGAAGACAUCUACAGCAAACCAAUGGAGCUACUGGAACGGAUGAAUGGAAGCGUGCAUUACCCAAGUAGUCACAGAGAGUCCCUUACUCUGCCCCCUCCUCCACCAAUCCCACAGAGAGAGACUAGACCACGAUCUGCAGGUUACACGAUGUCUUCCAACACUGACACAUUGGCCAGGACACCUACACGAGGAGGAAAUGACUACUCUUCCCUGCCUGUCAUGCGAUCAUCACGCGAGUGUCUCGAUUCUGAUGGUAGCCCAGUCCCUAGGCCACCCAAACCCACACAUCAGCGAUCCCACAGCAAACCAUUCUCCUUCCCUAACAACUCAUCUGGAAUAAUCAGUACUGGUAGUCCACCAGAUGGAUUGCAGUUACGCAACUCUUGGUCUGAGUCUAGUGUGGAGGAGGCUCCACCGCUUCCUCCUAGAGGGCAAACACCUGACAAGCGGAACACAGGCUUGUUCAUCGAUACCAGUCAAACACCACCAGCUCCUCCCAAACGUCUAGUGAAGAAGGGAUCAUCAGGGGUCUUCAGCAUUGACUCAGUGGUUGAUAUCAGCCUGGAGUCAUCCACAUCAGAGUUUCCAGAGUCAAACAGUGAUGGCCAUGACUUGCGUGAUUCAGGCUACUCAGAGUUCUCUCAGACACCAAGCAGUAGUAUCAGCAACAAUUUUAACAACUUGUCUUAUGAAGACUUUGAUCUCCCCACACACCGCCGGAUGGGGAGUGGAGAUAACACCAACAUCAUGAACAUUUCCCCUCCAACUAUUUCUCCCCGUACUCAGUCUUUCCCAACCCCUCCUCCAAUACCACCCAAAGCUAUAUUCAAUCCUCCUUCCUCUCUUCCUGCAGCACUGACUAUGCCCAAUUCCCUUCCUGAUUCCACUGUCAAGACUCCAAAUGGAACACUAGACCAGGUCAAGUGUUCUUCAUCUAUUAUGGUAGAAAACAGUUUUGGGGUCUCAUCACAUGGUGGCAGCCCUGGUAGCACUGUGGAAAACUAUUCAGUUCCAAGACUUCAAACACAGAAUUCUGCUAUGGGAGACAGUCCUUCAUGAGCGCAAGGUUUGAGGAAAUGACUUGAGAUUGGGAUAGGUGCCGUACCUCUGCUCUUGUGUCCAUGAUGACUCCUUUGCUCCAAGUCUGUCUGUUAAUAUUAGUUCAGUGGAAAAUGGUCUGCUUCUGCCAUACAAGUGUUGUGUUUGAUUCUGGAUGUUCCGUUGUUGAGUGACAGCAGUCCGAUCUGCACUAGUCAUGAACUCAAGACUGCAAUAGAGUACAGAAGGAACCAUGGCUUGGUGAAGAUGAGUUACAGUGGAAGGACACAUGUUUGCACAGUGAACUUAGAAUAGGAGAUAAUCAGCACAUUACUUUACUUAAUUGAGAUGUGGUUUUCUUUGCUAUGUAAUAAACAUCUUAGACAAUGGUACAGCAGAAAAUAUCUGAGAUUUCUGCCUUUGGAUGUGACAUUUUAUUCAAAGUAAAUGAACUUGCACAGUGAAGUAAGAAAUUUUAUUCUUUCUACUUUUUAAGAAAUAAAAUAACUAUGCACAAAAUGUGAAGUGUGUUUCAAAAUCUUGAACUGUUUAAAUUAUAAUAACCUGAAGAGAAUGAUCUUUGCUUCAGAGUGAUGUGUGUACUUUCCUGAACUAGGAGACAUGCACCCGGCAGUCAGUAGUACACCAGAUGUGCAUUCAUAAACAAAAUUUAAGCACAUCUUUGAAAAGGAUUUGAUUAAUUCAUGAGUACUGUAAACUGCAUAUCAUAUUUAUAACAGUUUACAUAUAUUGGUCUGUCUAGAAUAAAUAUGUAUUUACAUCAUGUACCAGUAGUUAAAAAAGUUUAAAUUUUUAGCCAUUGCUCAGGUUUACAGAAAUCUUGAAUGUGUGUAGGAUUGAAAACACUGUGUUUGUUAUUAGAAUUAUAUUUGAGUCUGUUUUUUUAUUGUAAACAACAAACUUGGGCUUGUUUAGUUGGGCAGCGGAAUCAUCUGACAUGGUCUUUUGAAAGUUUCCACAAACAUUUCUGAAGUGAGAUAGUCCAGAUUCUGUUGCUUUUUUACCUUUUCACUGCUUUAACCUCUAGAGACUGUCUGAUGUGUUUAUUUAGCCACAAGCAAUACUGAAACCAAAUAGACAUAAUGACUGGUAAAGUCAUAAGUUUGCAGGUAGCUGACAACUCAUUUCCAUCUAUUACUGAGUCCAGAGAUGUGUGGAGAGAGAGCUUUACUGCAGCUUCCAAUUACACCUUUAUGGAGUAGUACUUAACCCUUUGAUUACUAGCAUUUAAAUCCCCAAAAGUGCUUAAACAAAUACUAUGUUAACACUAAUUUAAAAAAUAUAUAUUUGAAUUAGUUUUGCAUGAAAUUUAUAAAUAAAAAAGCAGAUGAACGGUAUCAGUCAUCAAACUCAUGAAUUGUUAGGCUGAAAGUAGUAGUAUUAUUCCACCCCAGCUAGGAACACAGUACAUUUUCAUUGGAAACAUUUUUCUGUUCAGAUGGUCAACUUACAGCCUCAGCAAUGCCAAAUUAUAUCUAUCUAUCGUUGUCUCUUUAUUAUUAAUAGUAUCUGAAUAUGAAUCAGAAUGUGAAACAUUAAACUAAAGUAGAACUUAAUUUUAUGUGAAAGGACUUUUACAUUCUUUUCCACAAGUAAUAUGUAUGUAAUACAUUUCAGCUGUAGCAAUUGUCUGUGUGUGAAAAAUAUUGAGAAAAUAUUCAUGGCUGAUUCUAAAGAAUAGUAAAAAUGUUGAAUUUAUAAAAAUUAGAAAAAAAUAGAAACAAAUUAGAAAAUAUCUUCUGUAAAGAAUAACACAAUUCAGGCACUUUAUAAAUUGUUGAUAGAGAAACUGUUUGAAUAUCCCUUUAGAUUUUGACAAUCAUUUUAUUAAAAGCAGCCAUUAUGUCAGGAAAAAGUACAAACAAAAUAUUUACCUGACUGACUAAACAAACUUUGUCUGAGGGUCUUCUUGAUGCAGCUCAUGUUAAGAAGUACAUUUAGGCCACUAUGACUGGAUAAUAUGGACUGAAAGUACAAAUACAUUUUGGGCCAAAAUAUUCAAUAUGAAGUGUUGUCAGAGUUCAUGCACAUUGUGUUUGGAACUUCACUUCAGUGUGAAUUAGGUCAAGAAAGUUAUGGUUUCGAACUUUGACUUAUUCUGCCUUAUCUCCUGACCAAGUGUUUGUGAAAGCUUUUUGAGUGCUCUCCACAUACAUACCCACAGUGUUUUAUAAGUCAUGGAAUACAUUUAGUGACAGCCAUUAAUGGAAUUAGCACAUUACUGUGAAAGAGACGACUAAUCAUAAUGUACACAUAAAGUUGUGUAACUCUUAGUAUAUUAGUAUAUUGUGUUUGUGAAGUUACAAGACAGGUUCAGACGAAAUGAAUUUGGAACUAACAUAUGGAGUGAGCAUUAGGUUGGUCACGUUUGAAGAGCUGUCAGUGCAGAACAUGUUCUUAACAUGUAGUAUGCUGAUAUUGUUGCAACAUCUUAUUUAGAAAUACAUACGACAUGGUAUCAGGAUGCAUUCCACUGUGGCAUUUAUUAUAGUCUGGUUUGUAUAAUUAUGAUGGGUACAUGGUAUGACAUGGAUGAAGUAUAUUGUGUGUGUGUAUAUAUAUAUAUACACACACACACACACACACACACAUAUAUAUAUAUAUAAAAAAAAUUACCUUUGACCCACAAAAUCUUUUAUCUAGAGGUACUGUGAUUUAAUUUUAUUGAUACAGCUGGAGCAUGAAAUUAGCCAUUCACCUUCACCUGUGGUGUACUGCCAAGUUUCCAAUAUACCAGCUUAGGUACUAGGAUAUCUACAUGGUGUACAUAUCGCAAGUUCUUACUACACUGAAACCCCAAAUGGUACUACUGAUGCUGGAGAUAAGCCAAAAUUGAACAUACAUUUGUAAGACAAUUGCAAUUGCAAAUUCACAGAUAAUUGUAAUUUAGAUUUCUGUCUUCUGGGUUGUUGCGCUGUGUAGUCUGGUCGAUGUUAACCAAUGUUUCAGAGGUCAUAGUACCUCCGUCAUCAGGGCGAUGAAUGUGCCAAUAAAUGCCUAUAAACUUAUUGGCAUAUUUAUCGCCCUGAUGUCGGAGGCAGUAUGACCUCUGAAACGUUGGUUAACAUUGACCAGACUACACAUCGCAACAACCAAGAAGACAGAAAUCUUCAUACUCACCGCUGUGAAAACCUCAAAUCUUACAUAAAUUGUUAUUUAAAUAAAACUUUUGCAACAAUAUUUUGCAUAAUUUUAGUGAUUAGUAAUUAUGUGGCCAUGGCAUGAAGGAAUGUAGUAUUUUCAUGGGUUUAUUGACUGUGUUGUUAAUUGCGAUGAUCUUCAUUUGUGUCCUGAAAGAUUUACACAUAGAACUCGACAAUGUUUGAUGCAAGAACUGAUUAUUUAAUUGAUAUUACAUGAAGCAAAACUUUGCCUUAUGUAUCAUAGAGCUAAAAGGUGAUUCUUUACAGCCCCUGUGUGUGUGUGUGCAUGUGCACAUGCGUGCAUACAUAGUUAUAGUUGUGUGUUUUACUGAGGACCCCACGACAAACCCUUCACCUUAGUCCUUACAACAGAAGCACGUUAUGUCAUGUGAGUGAUUUGCUUUGUCUUCAUUCAAUUCAGAUUUUCAUUCUCUACAAGUUUGCAGGGUUAUUGCAAAUUAAAUAUGAACUUUUAAUAUGUUAUAAAUACAACAAACUAGUUUACACUAUAAGAGUGAUGUUACUGUCAAUAGAAACAGCAAGUUUUAGUUUGUGUGUCAGGAUCCAAUUUUUUGUGUUUAUGUGUGUGCAGGUAAAUUAAACAAAAUCUCUGCAUUUUGCUUUUAGCAGCUCAACUUUGGUGACUGUAAAUAUCAAAAUUUUAAAGCCAUUGCAUCAAUUGGGAAAGAAAAAUUGCAAAAGUAUGGGACAAGAACCUAUAUUUAGCAUUUAUGAAGUUAAAAGAAUUACUUUUAAUUCAUAUUGAUGUAGCUUUUUCAGGACUCUUAGAUACUUCAGAGAAAUUUUGAAAAGUGAAUACUUCAUCUGUAAUAGUUUCAUUAGUGUAUUCAGCCAGCCUUUCUUGUAUCUUUGUGAACCUCAUAAAAUACUCUUUUUAUUUUUGUAUUCUAAAACGUUAGAUACAAAGGAACGCCAUAAACCUGUGGUAUGCAGCAUAUGUCCUUUACUUUCCAUGGCUGGUGUUCAGUGUGUGACUUCAGUUUUUGGGGAUGAGCUUUGUCAAAUUUUGAAGGUCAACCUACAUUUUAGCAAUUACUGCAAUUUCCAUUUUCAGGAUGAAUGAAUGUGUUUCUAAUGGUAGAAUUACUAAUGUUUUCCCUUUAUCAGCUUUUUUAGUAGUAAGGGAAUUCUUUUAUUCAUGUCUGCUCCAAACUAUGAUAUUUGUUAAAAGUCACAUGAAAGUUUCAGUCAUUGUGUUUCUGUUGUAUGAACAGGUUGAAAGUGGUGUAUUAUGUGGGUAAUAUUGAUUCCUGAAUCCAGAAUUCCUUCCAAUAAUUAAAGACAAACAUAAUUCCAUAAGCAUCAUAUCAUUCCAUACAUACAUACAUAGCUUAAUCAUUCCCAUACCUCUAGAGCAUGGAGAGUGGAGCUGGGGUUAUACCAUGAUAUUAAUGACUAGAUAAAUUUAUUAUUGUAACCCAUUCUAAUGCUAAUACUAUAGGAUGUAUGUAAAUACUGCAUGAUAUUGUAAGUUUGUUGAUAAAUAGGCAUCUUUUUUAUCAUUAGAGGCUUUUAGUCUUCGCCUAUAUUGUAUUCUUUCAUUUGCAGCUCAGUGAUAUGUCAUGCCUUCCAGUCCAUGAAGUUUUGUUUCUGUUAACUUUGUACAAUGAAAGAAGGUGAAACAAUGAUCACUGUAGUAAUGAACAGUGAUUUACACAUCCAUUUGCUCUCAUCUUAACCUCUAUGAAAUUGGUACCUAUAUAAUAUAAAUUCAUUUCAGAACAAUUCAUUAUAAGUGGGGUAUAUGUCUACAAGAUUAUUAUAACUGGGAUACAUUAUCAGUGUGCAUUUCCUACAACAUGAGCCAGAAUGAUGUGAACAGGCUUCUUCUGGUAAUAUGACCUUUUAUAUUGUGGCCUCCUUGGUAUUGCCAUUAUGAUUAAUUUUGUAGUGUGUGCAAUAUUUGUUAAUAUUUGAGUUCAGAUGAAACAAACAAAUUUUAAGACAGGCUGGCCAGUGAUAUAGUGUAGCUGUCAAUUAUCCCUUGUGUUUGGCAAAUGGAACACCCCACAUUUACUUCAUGCAUCUGUUUGAAUAUAUUUUAAUUAAUAAUCAUAUCCACAUAUUUGUACUUGCCAUGCUCUGCACAGGGGCAUUUUACUAGUUUGCAGAUUUAGUUAUUCCUUUCCUAUUUUGCACAACGUGGUAUGGAUUUAACACUUUCCAUUCUCUGAUUUAGGUAUUUGGCCCCUAUGUUCUGAAUGUAUUUGUUGUUAUACUUUAGUGGGAGAGAUGUCUCCUCUCAACAUUAUAAUUGAAGAUGUCUGUCUUCUAGGAUGAUGUGUUUUUAAUCUGGUACAUCAUCGAUAAACUCCUACCCGACUACAUGGAGCAACAUUGCAUAAGACAGUCGUCUAAAACCUCGCCACAUUGAGAACCUGAAAUAUCACCAACAUUAUAAUUGCUUAUGACAAUGAUAUAAACUAUAUGUCACCAUGCAAUUUAUUAAAAGAAAAAGUGCUUGAGUAGAUAUCAGCAUGGAGAAUGGUAAACUAGGAAAACUGAAUUCUAAAUUUAUUGUGAAGUACAUCAAAGAUAAUAUAGAAACAUUAAAGGAGAAUAAUGAUCAUAUGACAGACAGUUUUGAAUAUAGGACUCAUAUUGUAGGAAAGACUGUUUUUACAACUUUACUUACAACUUGAAAUGUGACCUGCGAUACCAAACUACACCAGUUAUAAAAUAUCUUGUCACUGUUUUUCAACCAAAUUUAAAUAUUUAUAUUAUUAAUAAUACACACACAUAUAUAUAUAUAUAUAUAUGUAUAUGACAGUAGUAUUAUUGUCAGACCUAGUCAUUGUCAGAUGUGAUUUUGUUUUAUAGAAUUGAUUGGCCACUCUGGUGAUAAAAUAUGCACCAAAGUGUUCUUAAUUCAGUUUAUUUUGUUGUUUAAAGGACAGUGUGGUUACAUGUUUUUUAUAUCUACUAGUAAUGGCUCCCAUUGCUCAUAGUUAUAUUACUUUUGCACCAUAAAACAGAGUUAUUUAUAUUUUGAGACUUUUAAAAUGUGAAACCACACAGCCAAUAAAGGAUUUCAUAUAUGAUAUUUAAAUAAACUUAGAUACUUAAAAAGAAUAACUUAGACAAUGUGAGAAGUCCAUUAAGUGCAUUUUUAGAUACUGGUACAUAUUAAUAUUUUUAUGAACAUUCUUUUCAUGAACUUUAUGUAUCAGAAAUCAAAGGCAAGAAUUAAACACCACUUUUGAUUAUCUGAAUUUUAAAUGUAAUUAUUAUUAUUAUUAUGUUUAUUGGUUAGAACGAUGAAUGUGCCAGUAUAGUUUGGGACAUUUUGAUUGUAAUCUUCAAGAAUUUUUUAAAUGUGGCCAUUAUACAUGAAUUUAAGAACAGUAAUAAAUAUAUUUAGUAAUGUGA